AUGCAAGGAGAAACGCGCUUCACACUUGCCCCGGACACUACGCUUCCCCGGAUCUGGACCGGCCUGUGGCAACUAUCCAGCAGUGCAUGGGGAAGCGCCCCUGCUCCGAAGGUUCGCGAUGCCAUGGCAAGCUAUACCGCAAAAGGAUACGGAGCGUUCGCGGACCACUAUGGUCCUGCGGAGAGCCUCUUCGGCCAAUUCAUCAAGAACCUUCCUGAGGGAGAACGCCCAUUCGGUGCCACGAAGUGGGCUGUCUUCAAUCCGAUGGAAGUGUCGCACGACACAGUCAAGACCGCAAUUGACGAACGUUGCAUGCGGAUGCAGACGCAGUGCAUCGAUCUUCUCCAGUUCUUCUGGCAGGACUACCAGGACAGGAGCUACAUCAACGCCCUGCAGCUCCUUCUCCAACUCCGCUCGGAGGGCAAGAUUCGACACCUCGGGCUGUGCAACUUCGACACCAGACGGGCAGACGAACUCUGCACUGUCCUCGGCCCAGGCUGCAUCGUGUCCAACCAAGUACAGUUCUCUAUCAUUGACGUUCGUCCUCUCCACGGCAUGCAUGACAUCUGCGAGAGGCACGGCAUUAAGGUUCUCGCCUAUGGCGUACUGUGUGGCGGCCUUCUCACCGACCACUGGCUCGGCAAGCCCGAACCCGAGCUCUACGCCGGCCUCAACCCUUCGCAGCGCAAGUACCUGGACGUCAUCCUCAAGGCGUGGGGGACCUGGGACCUGUUCCAGGCCCUCUUGCGUGUCCUGCGGGGCAUCGCCGACCGCCACGGCAACGUCAGCAUCGCGAACGUUGCUGUGCGCUGGGUGCUCGAGCAUCCGUUCGUCGGCGCAGUGAUCAUAGGCGCGAGGCUGGGGCUCGCCGACCACGCCGACGACAACAACAGGGUCUUCACGUUCGCGCUCACCGAGCGCGACAAGGCGGAGAUAGAGCAGAUCGAGAGGCAGUCCAACAGCGCGAGCAUGAUCAUGACCAUCGGGGACUGCGGCGCCGAAUACCGUUGA